AUGGAGAAAAUGAUUCCUCAUAAUCUGAAAUGCACGACCUUGCCGGUCUUCAAUGGAGAAGGAGAUCCAAAGGAUCGUACAUCCAGAUUUUACUCCACAAUGGGUCUGCUUAGCGUAACCGACGUACUCAUGUGCAGAGUUUUCCCAACAACGCUGACCGGAACUGCUCAGCGAUGGCCCAACAAAUUGAAACGUCACUCCAUUAUAAACUACACCGCAAUCUCCAAUGAAUUUCUUAUCAGGUAUCUAACUAACAUACCUGAUAAAACAACAACGAGCAUAUUGCGGUCCUGUAUUCAGGAAGAAGAGAAGACUCUACGGAAUUACAUGGAGAGAUUCAACAAAGAGGCAAUGAAGAUAGACAACCUAAACGUCGACAUAGCCACCGAAGUGCUCCGAAAGGAACGAGAUUUGGAAAGCUAG